AUGCAUGAAACCGACCAAAUCCGCGAGGUAUUAAAUACCGAUAUCAGAACUCCCAUCCCGCAGGCACUCGUAACCCAGAUCACAUCCAUGCCACCAUUUAUACCUCUACAAGGUGUCACCAACUUUCGCGACGUGAGCCACGAUGGCAACAUGCUACGUCCGGGAUUCUUUUAUCGAUCCGGAAACUUGUCCGACAUCUGGGGGCCCGGGAAAUCGGUCAUCGCAACCGAAUUGGGAAUCACCACUAUCUUCGACCUCCGGAAUGAAGGUGAGCGACAAAAAGCACCGGCGCCUUCUAUCACAGGAGUCGAGACGAUAUGGUUACCAUACGGAGCUCGACCGGCGACUUUGAAUCUCCGUGAUUUUGCAGGCCCAGACAGGGGCGCUGCAGGCUUCGUGAAGAUGUACUUCGGGAUCCUUGAGGCGGCUGCACCAUGUUUCACUGAGAUAUUCAAGCAUAUCAGAGAUAAACCGGAUGAUCCGUUCAUUGUUCAUUGUUCGGCCGGGAAAGAUCGCACAGGUGUCUUCGCCGCUCUCGUCCUCCUCCUGAUCAAUAGACCUCAUGACGAUAUUAUCAACGAUUACAUCCUCACUCGAGUUGGACUUGAAAGCGCCCGGGAGAACCUCAUGCAAGCAUUUGCGAUAAAUUCGGGGGGUGAUGCAGCCGACGUCAGCCAAUUGUCUCCCGAGGCAUUGGGUAUGCUCGAAUUGUGUGGUGUUCGAGCUACUUCCAUGGCAGCUUUCCUGGCAUCAUUUGAGAGCACGUUUGAAAACGGCGUGGAGGACUAUCUCAUUGAUGGACUUGGAUUUACACAGGGUGAUGUAUCGGCGAUGCGCAGGAAUCUGACAGUGGAUCAACUGCGGACACCUAGAAAAUAUAAAGAAGCAUGUAUAGAUACACAUGUAUAA